CCUUAUUCGUACUUAAAUUAUUGUUUUGAUAGCCUUUUUUUAGUACCUAUGAUUUGAAUUUUUAAAGAAGUUUUUUGCAUUUACGUAAUUUCAUUAUAUAUAGUGGGAUGUCGUCUUCGUGUUUAGUAAAUAAUGAAGAUACGUUUAACGAUGAAGAAAUAAGUCGAUUAUCUCUUGAAAUUGAACUUUUAAAACAAGAAUUGAAUAAAAAAACGGAGUUACUGAAAACUAAACAGAAAAAAUGUUUGACCAAACUUGAUGUUAGUCGAUAUAGCAGGCAGAUUAUUUUACCAGAAAUUGGCAUUGAAGGUCAAAAAAAAUUGAAAAAUGCUAGUGUACUAAUUAUUGGUGUUGGCGGCUUAGGAUGUCCAUCAUCAAUGUAUUUAGCAAGUGCUGGAGUAGGUACCAUAGGAUUAGUUGACUAUGAUGAAGUAGAACUUAAUAAUUUACAUAGACAAUUAUUGCAUGGGCAAUGUAAUGUUGGUAUGCGAAAAGUUGAAUCCGGAAAAUUAUCAUUAAGUCGUAUGAAUGAAGAUGUUAAUAUUGUUGUCCAUGAUGUUCAAUUAGAUGGUUAUAAUUCAUUGGAUAUUUUCAAACAAUAUGAUGUAAUUAUAGAUGCUAGUGAUAACUUAGUAACACGUUAUAUAAUUAAUGAUACUUGUGUAAAAGCUGGCAAGCCUUUAGUAUCUGGGUCAGCUAUACAUUGUGAUGGACAGCUAACUGUAUAUAACUAUAAAGGAUCAGUAUGUUUUAGAUGUUUACAUCCAAAACCACAAUCUCCUGAAACUAUUGGAAAUUGUGCUUCUGCAGGUGUUUUGGGACCAGUUCCAGGGGUAAUUGGUGUUCUCCAAGCAAUGGAAACUAUUAAAAUAAUUAUUGAUCAUCCAAAUGUAUUGUACAACAGUUUAUUACUAUAUGAUGGGGGAGACUGUAAUUUUAAAAAAAUUAAAUUAACAAAUGUUAAACGAGCUGGAUGUUUAUGUACAAGGAGUACAGAAGAUAUUGUAAUUACCAUGGAUUAUGAAGAAUUUUGUGGAUCUAAAGCAAACGAUAAAUUUAAGACACUAAAUUUACUGAAUGAAGAUGAACGUAUAACUGUAAUAGACUUGAACAAAUUAAUAUCCCAGAAUCAACCAUGUUUGGUGAUAGAUGUUCGUAAAAAUGUAGAAUAUGACAUGUGUCAUUUACCAUUUUCUGUUAAUAUUCAGUUAAAUGAUUUAAAAAGAGAAAAAACUCUUUUGGAGUUAAUUAAACAAAUUAAUUCAUACAGUAAAACACCAAAUGUUAUUACUAUUUGUCGCCGUGGAAAUGACUCUCAAAGAGCUGUGAAGGAAUUAAAGAAAUACCCCCAGAUAACAAAAAAAGUAAAUUGGAUAAAAGAUGUUAUUGGAGGUCUAAAUGAAUGGAGUAUGAAAAUAGACAAAACUUUUCCUAUGUAUUAAAAUUAAAUCAUCUAUUAAAUAUUGAUAUUAUUGACUCCCUAAAACAUUAUAAUUAAAUUAUAUGGA